AUGACCCGAGACACGUCCCCGAUUCGGGGCUGUUUCGCGCUCAAGUCAACAGUCAAUCCGCCCCGGCACCUCCCCUCCGAGCAUUCAGCUUCGUGCCCCAAGUGUCCCGGCCAUCCGCUCCUCACUCCCGCCGAACAGGAAUCCUUCGCGAAAAAGGAGCAGACCGCGCUCGAGAAACAGAAACGACAAGUCGAAGGCUACCUCAAGAAGAUCGGCAAGUCGUCCUCCACCUCUCCCUCUCCACCUCCACCUCUUCCACCGAGCCACUCCGUGCAGUGGGCGUCCUACCUCUCCGCCCUGCAAGCAGCGCAGGAAUCACAACGCGCAGCCGAGUGGCCGCGCACCGAAGCCGACUGGCUCGUAUACGCCAAGCUCCUCGCCGCCUCCAAGGCUACGACCCACCCACCACCCGCGCCCCCACAGGACGGCAGUAUGGAGGCAUGGCAAGCCUACGCGUCCGUGGCGGCGUAUCAGGCGCAGCAAGCGCAGAAGGAGUGGGAGAAACACCUCGCGUCCCAGGUCGCUGCGGCCGAGGCGGCGUCAGCCGCGAGCGGAGAAAGCGAGAGACCUCGAGACACAGCGCUGGAUCGCACUCACGAUGGCGAAGGAGGCGAAAGCUAG